AUGGCAAAAUUGAUAAAGGCCUAUAUUAGGGACAUGGGCAGUCAAAAUAAAGGGGGAAAUCAGCAACACACUUUAGAUCAACAACGCGUUCCGCCCGGACCACAGAGUAACUACUCAGGAACAACAAAGCGGAGCGGCGACCGAGGCACAAGUGCCCAGUCCCCGUCCAAGUUCAACAGGAUUGUCCGACUAACUACGAGCGGAGUUCGGGGUGCAGGAUCGGCCGAGCAGGCGGACCCGCCGACCUCGCGUGCGCAGCCCGCCGCCACUGGGAGCCCGCCCCGGAGCGGGGAAGCCGCGGGCGGGGCGCGCGGCUCGGCGGGGGAAGAGGAGGGGACAUGGCGCGGUUACCUGGGCUCGGGCGCCGGCGAAGAGAAUUCGCUCUCCCGCCGCUGCUCGCCCGGGGACGCGUCGCGCCCGUCGCUUCCUCCCGCGGCCCGGAGCGCUCGUCGGCCCCCGCCCCGCGGCGUCCGAGCCAGGCUGGCCCUCCUCGGCCACACAGCUGCCCGCGCGGGCCGGGCCGUCUCGAGCUCCCGGGCCGCCCCGCGGCGGGGAACCUCUCGCGCGGAGCGCCCGGCUUUCCGCACCCACUCCCGCCCCGUGGGCGGCCGCGAAAACAAGCGGAGAUUAAGAAAGGCCUCCCGAGGAAAGAGGCCUGGAACGAACGCGAGCUCCGCCACCCGAGCUGCUCCGUUACCGCAGAGGCGACGACGACCAGGGCCGUGUUGUUGCUGCCAACUUGUCGAGAGGACACUGAGCAUGCGCGCGCCGAGACCACAUCCGGGUCACUUUAGCAGCAGAGUUGGAUUCAGGAGCUGAACACUGUAC